ACAAAGGCGCGGCGCAUCAAAGGAUGGCUCCCCCGACGCCUCUGCUGGCCGCCCUGCUGCUGCUGCUGCUGCCGCCGCCGCCGCCGGAGACCUCGGCCCUCCUGGCCGCCCGGCGGCCCCCCAGGCACCCGGCGCCGGGUGGGUCUCUGAAACAGAGCUCCUGGAAGGAACAAGAUGAAAAAGGCUCCUCCGUCAUCACUGCCAUAGAGACUGUCAAAGGCUUCUCUAGAACACCCAAUGACCAGGCAACCCAGUGGAAUCCACCCCGCUGCGGGGUUCCAGAUCUACCCACCCCACCCGGGAGCCGCAAUACUCGGAACCGGCAGAAACGAUUUCUACUGUCUGGAGGACGCUGGGAGAAGAUGGAGUUCACUUACAAAAUCGUAAGGUUUCCUUGGCAGUUAGUGAAAGCUAAAGUGAGACAAGCCAUCGCUGCAGCCUUGAAAGUCUGGAGUGACGUAACACCCCUGACCUUCACAGAAGUGCACAGGGGACGAGCAGACAUUGUGAUUGAUUUCACACGGUAUUGGCAUGGGGACAACCUGCCUUUUGAUGGCCCUGGGGGAAUCCUGGCACAUGCCUUCUUCCCCAAAACCCACCGGGAGGGAGAUGUCCAUUUUGACUAUGAUGAGACAUGGAGCAUUGGGAAUAACUUGGGGACUGACCUUCUGCAGGUGGCUGCUCAUGAAUUUGGCCACGUUCUGGGUUUGCAGCACACGGUAGUGUCCAAGUCCCUGAUGUCUCCUUUCUAUUUCUUCCGUUACCCAUUGAAGCUGAGUGAGGAUGACAAACAAGGCAUCCAGUAUCUCUAUGGGAAGCCAAAAUCUGAAAUGAAUAUUGACCUAGAUCAAGAGGAAGAGCCUUACCAGCCAGAUAUUGAGACUAAUGAGAUUGUCAAUGUGCAGUCUAUACAGCCUGAUGCUUGUGAUACAGAUUUUGAUGCGGUCUCCAUGAUCCGUGGGGAGCUGUUUUUUUUCAAGUCGCACUAUGUUUGGAGGCUUCGGAAUGGCAAGCUCCAGGCUGGCUAUCCAGCCCUAGCAUCUCGACACUGGCAGGGAAUCCCCUCUUCUGUAGAUGCAGCCUUUGAAGAUUCUCUUGGCAACAUCUGGUUCUUCCAAGGUGUUCACUACUGGAUUUAUGAUGGUGAGAGGCUCGUUUCUGGCCCUUCGCCUGUCACAGAACUGGGCCUUUCUUCUUCUCCUGUCCAGGCAGCCUUACUCUGGGGGACAGAAAAGAACAAGAUUUAUUUUUUCAAGGGAGGCAGCUAUUGGCGAUUCAGUCCCAGCACUAAUCAGGUGGACAACAUCUCCCCACGCAGAAUGACUGACUGGAGGGGAGUUCCUCAGGAGAUUGAUGCCGCUUUUCAGGAUGAGUUUGGGUUUGCCUACUUCCUGAAAGGUCGGCAGUACUGGAAAUUUGACCCUGUUCAUGUGAAAGUGCUUGAAGGCUACCCACGAAUCAUCAGCCAUGAUUUUUUCAGCUGUGUGUCUUCCCCCAACUCCUUCAGAUAGAGUGACAGAGAGGUCCUGCUGAGACACCGUCUUCAGCCAAGAUCACCUUUUCUGACUGGAGAGAAGCUG